AUGGGAAAAAGGAAACGUUCGUUCCGUCCGCCACCUACUUACGAGACAGGAAAUGAUAAGUUUGACAAUCAAGGGGGAAGGAUAAAAGCAAUCACCACAUGGAAUGAUGUAGAGCAUGAUUCGGAAGACGAAUUUUAUGCUGGAAGGGAUCAAAUUUCCCUAGAUACUUAUGAAUCCCACAAACAUGGCCGCAAAGAAAAUUAUUACAAUGCAGAUGAGAUUUCUAAUUUAGAUGAUGCAAAGGAAGAGGAGGAGGAAGCAUUAAGGUUACAGAGGAAAAGAAUUAGUCAAAUGACAGAAGAUGAUUUCUUGGAAAUAGACAACGAAUUAUUGGAGCCCAAGAUGGUUGAUAGGAAGCAAAUUGAAAGUGCUGAUAAUGAUAAUGACUUUGAUUUAAUAUCACUUGAUAGGGAAAUUUCAGUAAAAGAACGUCUAAAUUUAUCACGAGAUGAUGUAAUUCAAACAAUACAAACUGAAUCGCCUGAACUUAUUGAAUUAUUAAAUGAGUUCAAAGAAAAAUCCUCGAUACUUUGGAAUAAAGUUACACCUUUAUUGGAAAAAGCUAGACAAAAAAAUCUUACAAAUAAUCCAGCCAUGAAGUUUAUAUCAAUAAAACAUCAAACAUUAGUUCAUUAUUUAAUAAAUAUUUCGUUUUAUCUGGCUCUUAAGUCAUCAGGAACACAAAAUUUACGCAAGCAUCCAGUAAUAGAUGCUCUAGGAAAAUUGAGAAUGACUUGGGAUAAAUUAGAAAGGUUGGAACGUAACAUUGAAGGAAUUCUUGAAUGGAAUGAUUAUGAUAAAAAUAUGGCAGCUGAUCUCAAUAACGAAGAGGAUCCAACUGAUCUCAAUAAUGAAGAAGAUCUAGCUGAUUUCUAUAAUGUGGUGAAAGAAGCCAAGAAAGUUACAAAAGAACAACGUAAGAAACAAUUUGAGAUGGAGCGUAGUAAAAAUAUGAUUGUUUAUGAGGACGAUAAUACUCUUCCCGAAGGUGCCAAACGCCAAAUUAAUUAUCAGAUCCUCAAGAAUAAAGGACUCACACCUCAUCGUAAAAAAGAGCAGCGUAAUCCACGUGUUAAACAUAGAAAUAAGUACGAAAAAGCAAAGAAGAAAAUCAAAAGCAUUAAACGUGUAUUUUCACAACAAGAAGGUUCUUAUGGUGGUGAGAAGACUGGUAUCAAGACUGGAUUGUCUAGGAGUACUAAGUUAGAAUAA